AUGCCAUCGACACCGAAACCGGUGGACAGACGCCGCUCUUCAACACAGCAAUACACCACUUUCUCGACCCCUCCUCCCAAAUCUCGUGGGCGGCCCCUAUCAAGCGAGUCGGAUUCAUCUAACAGCAAUGGCGAAUCCGAAUCUUCCAUGGCGGAAUCCCCAUUGCCUACGGGCCAAAUGGCCAUUCUUGCCUUCAUCUCCCUCUGCGAACAAACCGCUCUCAACUCCAUAAGUCCCUAUCUCCCGCAGAUGGCAGCGUCUUUCCCCAGUGUACGUCAUGACCAGGUUGGGAUGUACGUAGGCAUAAUUGCAUCUGCUUUUGCGCUGGCGCAGUUUGCGACAAAUUUCUUCUGGGGCUGGUUAUCAGACCGCAUCGGCCGCAAACCUGUCAUAUUAUCGGGCGCGAUUCUCACUGCAGCCUGUUUCUUGGCCUUUGGUUUCUGCAAGACUCUUUGGCAAGCCAUUCUUGUGCAGGCUCUGAUGGGACUGGUCAACGGGAACCAGGGCGUGGUCGCUACUUGCUUAGGUGAGAUUACUGAUCGCAGCAAUCAGUCACGGGCAUUUACAUAUCUGCCAGUGAUAUAUGGGAUUGGAGGAAUCAUCGGACCAAUUGUUGGUGGCCUCCUGGUCUCAAAUGCCAGUCAGGUCAAUGACGACUAUCCUUACCUCACCCCCAACCUCGUCUCAGCAGCGGUCUUAACUUUGGAAUUUGUCUUAACAUUUAUAUACCUGGACGAAAGCCUUGAGAACGCUAGCACCUUUCCCGAAAUUGGGAAGAGAGUUCGAGAUCUUUUCAGUUGGUUAUGGCAGUUCACGAGCUCCUCACGGCCGACAUACUUGCGAUCUCAGGGUUCCAGUUACCGGCACCACUCCGACAGCGCAAUACGACAAACGUAUCAUACAGAGUCAGGCGAUGAAACCGAUGCAGAUGCCGAUUCCGUGUCGGAAAACUCUCCUCUGUUCCACCCCCGAGAUUACUCAAAUGGUCUCGAUCGUGAUGGGGUUUUCAAUAGAGACACAAUCCUCUUACUCCUUACAUAUUUGAUAUUUGCACUCUCGAACGUCGCGUUCAACUCUCUGUACCCCAUCUUUGCUGAAGCGCCUCCGCCAACGGGUCGCGGACUUCAACCUCACGACAUUGGACUGUCACUCGCCUUUGCGGGCGUUGUUACCAUCAUAUUCCAGAUUUUCAUUUUUGGAAGGCUGAGAGACAAAAUGGGGAAUAAAUGGUCAUACAGAGCCAGCCUACUGGGAUUCGUAAUUUCUUUUCUUCUACUGCCGUUUGUCGGAUAUAAAGAUACCGCUGCACCUAAUGGAGAAAUAUCAAAGAGCUACGUCUUUCUCGCGAUAGAAGUGUGUGCCGUGUUACUUGUGAAGACAGUCGCCACUGUUGGUGGCCUAACCAGCGCUUUGCUAUUGAUCACCAACUCUGCCCCAAACAACCAGGUCCUUGGCUCCCUGAAUGGCCUAGCUCAAACUCUGUCCGCAGCUGGGCGAACGGUCGGACCAUUUCUGUCCGGGAGUCUCUUUACCCUAGCAACUCGAAUAAAACCCAAAGGCGAGGCGAUGGCCUUUGGCAUCUUUGGUGGCGUAGCCUUCAUCGGCUUCCUGCUAAGUUUCGGCAUCAGAUCAUGCAACAUGGAAGCAACAGGGUUUCGCGAUUCCGACGACAACCAUUAUAAAUCUGAUGAUGAAGAAAGUUCUAAUUGA